CGACAAAAAGCUUUCACCAUAUAGUUUUCUUCUUCCUUUGAAACAUUACAUUUUUGUUUUUGUUUCUUCAAGAUGAUUCUUCAUGACAACAAACCUGCGGUGGUAUACUCUCUUUUAGUAUUAUUACUCGCCGUUAGCUUCUUCGUUCCCAUCUCCAGCGACGGUGACGCCGAUGCUCUUCUGAAGUUCAAGUCAUCUCUCGUGAACGCCACCGUCCUCACCGGAUGGGGGGACUCCGGUGAUCCUCCAUGCACCGGGAAAAAAGGAAGCAACUCGAAAUGGAAAGGAGUCAUGUGUUCUGCCGGCGUUGUUUACGCUAUCCGUCUAGAGAACAUGAGCCUCGCGGGGACGCUUGACGUGCAAGCGCUAGGCUCCAUGCGCGGUCUCAAGAGCGUUAGCUUCAUGCGCAACGGUUUCGAAGGUCCAAUACCAAGUGGACUCAACGGGCUUGGAUCUCUUGUGCAUCUUUACUUGGCGCAUAACCGGUUUUCCGGCGAGAUUGACGGUGGUUUGUUUGAUGGAAUGAAGGAUUUGGUGAAGGUUCAUCUUGAAGGAAACAGAUUUUCCGGUGAGAUUCCCAAGUCGUUGGGGAAGUUACCGAAGCUGACUGAACUGAAUCUUGAGGAUAAUUUGUUCACCGGAAAGAUACCGCCGUUUAAUCAGGAGAAUCUCGUUACCGUUAACGUCGCUAAUAAUCGUUUAGAGGGUCGUAUUCCGUUAGCUCUCGGCCUCAUGAACAUCACCUUCUUCUUAGGUAACAAGGGACUGUGUGGACCGCCUUUGCUUCCCUGCAGACACCCUCGUCCACCGUUGGUUGCAGUGUUCCUACUUGCCCUCACCAUCCUCGCCGUCAUAGUCCUCAUUACCGUUUUCUGUUCCGUUUGCAUCCUCAGCCGUCGUCAACGCAAAGGUCCCGAACACGAUCACGGCCACAGCCCCAGCCUCGGCCUCGGCACAGUCUACGGACCAAGCGAUCAACAGCAACAAAACAGCGAGAAGAGCUCGCAGGACUCCAAGGUCUACAGGAAGCUAGCCAGCGAAGCUGUGCAGCGAGAGUCAACGGCAACAUCAUCAGCAUUAUCCCAGAGAGCUCUGCCUCGAGAGGAAGAUCAGCGGAAGCUGCAUUUCGUUCGGAAUGAUCAGGAGAAGUUCACGCUCCAGGAUAUGCUCCGUGCGUCCGCGGAGGUUCUCGGCAGCGGGGGGUUCGGAUCGUCGUACAAGGCGGCUCUGACGGGAAGCCGCGCGGUGGUUGUGAAACGGUUUAGGUUUAUGAAUAAUAUCAGGAGAGAGGAGUUUUACGAUCAUAUGAAGAAGAUCGGACGGUUAUCGCACCCUAAUCUACUUCCGUUGAUAGCAUUCUACUACAGAAAAGAUGAGAAGCUUCUCGUCACCAAUUACAUUCCCAAUGGCAGCCUCGCCAAUCUCCUCCAUGCAAACCGGACACCCGGUCAAGUGGUUUUGGAUUGGCCAAUCCGGUUAAAGAUUGCAAGAGGAGUCACAAGAGGCUUAGCUUAUCUCUACAGAACAUUCCCUGAUCUGAACCUCCCUCACGGCCAUCUCAAAUCAUCCAACGUGUUGCUCGACCACGACUUCGAGCCGCUACUAACAGACUACGCCCUCGUGCCAGUGGUCAACAAGGAUCAAUCUCACCAGUUCAUGGUGGCGUACAAGUCACCAGAGUUCACUCAGCAAGACCGAACAUCAAGAAAGUCUGACGUCUGGAGCUUAGGAAUCUUAAUCCUCGAGAUACUGACGGGGAAGUUUCCGGCGAACUAUCUCCGCCAAGGGAAGGGAGCUGAUGACGAGCUAGCUGCAUGGGUCGAGUCAGUAGCGAGAACUGAGUGGAAUGCUGACGUGUUUGACAAGGAGAUGAGAGCAGAGAAAGAACAAGAAGGGCAGAUGCUGAAGCUGCUCAAGAUUGGGUUGAGGUGUUGUGACUGGGACGUGGAGAGGAGAAUGGAGCUUCACGAGGCUGUUGAUCGGAUAGAAGAAGUUGAUCACAGAGAGGCAGGUGGAAGUCAAGAGAGUUUUCGAUCUUCGUACGUGACGGCUAGUGAUGGUGAAAAUCGUUUUUCAAGAGCCAUGACUGGAGAGUUCUCCCUCGUGUAAUAGCUUCCCUGUCUCAUUGAUGUUUGUUGUGUUUAUGUUUGUAGGUAAAAGACUGAUCACAUUUUAAUUUGCAUUCUAUUAUUUUCUUAUUAGUUAUGGUUGAUGAGUAAGCUUUUGUUUCUUUUUGUGAAUACGCGUGCCCCUUUGUUUGGUAUCAUCUAGACGCAAAAAAAAAAGAAUUUGUCUUUUUAUGAUUUCUUCUUCAACUUGUAUACUGUUGAGAUAAGCAAGAAUAUUAAUUUAUGGUUUCAUUCACAAGCUUUGUUGCUUUAGCUACUCUGGGUAACGUUCCAGCUGGUAGUAUAUUCUUUGAGGAUAUUUUGAUUUUACUUUUACAAGUUUGUUUGAUAGAGACCUUAAUAAAAUUUAUAUCUUUUUAUAUAUAUUUCUUGUCCCCAUGUGACUUUCCUUUAUCCCUUUUUCUUGGAAUUUACAAGCUCUGAGCAACAAGAAUUAAACAUCUGGUGAAAUCUUGUUAAAAUCUACUCUCUACUGAAUUUUGUUUCUGUAUAUCUUCCUCGUACCAAAGGUUAUAUCACUCUAUCUCUCUCUGGUUCAGGUAUGUUGAGUUUUUGCUUGCUACUUUUUCUCUGAACAGGUCUUCUGAUACAGUUCAUCGUCUUUAUAACCUGUUAUAGAUGGUCUGUGUUACAGUUUUUUUUUUCAGUUGUAUAUCCUUGAAGUUCUAUUUUGGGUUUCUGAUGUUUUGAAACUUUUCUUGAUAUUUUUGUAUGUUUGAUCAUCUAAGAUGGAACUUUGGGGGUUUUAAUCACCUGAAACAAAUACUUAGUCUAAUUCUAGACUCAGUCUUCAUGUGUCUCUCAGUCACAAAGCAUGUGAUCUUUGCUUUAGAACCCUUUGGGUUGGAAAAGAAAUAAUAUAGCAUACUCAUACCAUAAGACUAAGGCAGAAGCAUGUCUAUUCUCAUAUUGGUUUAGGUUUCUCUUUCUGAAUAGAAGAAGCA